ACGUCACUGUAGUAGCUGUCCUCGCGGCGGCGGUGCUGAACAAGAUGGCUGCGCGUCGCGUUACCAGCAGCUGAAAACCAGCGCUAAUAAUCACGAAUCGCCUGAUUAACAGCAUUUUACACCGAGAGGGCGACACACAAACACACUCGGAUUUAAUUCACCGUAGACAUCGAAAGAAAAGCUGUUAUAUUUGUAUAUUUUUGGAGUAGUGUGCUGAAGUGGGGAGGUUACCCAACAGAAAAAAAUCUCAAUACAUCAAUAAGAGUUUAAUUUUGUGGACUAACGAACAGAUAAUAUUCGCGUGAGUGGUGAUUAUAUUUGUAGUGAGAGAUGUCACUGCUGUGUGUUGGAGUGAAGAAAGCCAAGCUCGAUGGACCGCAAGAAAAAUUCAACACGUACGUGUCACUAAAGGUUCAGAACGUCAAAAGCACCACCAUAGCCGUGCGAGGCAGUCAGCCAUGUUGGGAGCAAGACUUCAUGUUUGAAAUAAACAGGCUGGAUCUGGGCCUGACAGUGGAGGUAUGGAACAAAGGGCUGAUUUGGGACACCAUGGUUGGCACGUUGUGGAUCCCAUUGGACAGCAUACGACAGUCGAACGAGGAAGGUCCUGGCCAAUGGAUGACUUUAGACUCCCAGGUCAUCAUGGCGGAAAAUGAGAUCUGCGGCACCAAAGAUCCCACCUUCCAUCGUGUGCUUUUGGACACACGAUUCGAGCUCCCAUUAGAUAUACCAGAGGAGGAAGCUCGGUACUGGGCCAAGAAAUUAGAGCAGCUCAAUGCCAUGAGGGACCAAGAUUAUGCAUACCAGGAGGAGCAUGAGAGGCCACUUCCAGUGCCGACAACGCCGUGUUGUAACUGGAGUCUAUGGGGUGACCAGCAGAAUGAUGAUCCAGACAGUGCUGUAGACGAUCGAGACAGUGACUACCGCAGCGAAACCAGCAACAGCAUCCCUCCUCCAUAUUACACCACAUCCCAGCCCAACGCAUCCAUGCACCAGUACCCCAUCCGAAACAUGCAAAAUGGCUCGCGUUACAACGACAUAAAUGACUACGACUACGAUAACCAGAGGGCCAUUAGCCCAACCGGCAGCAGUCGUUAUGCCUCUUCAGGCGAGCUGAGCCGUGGCAGCUCCCAACUCAGUGAGGAGUUUGGCCCUGAGGAUGCUGAGAGCUUCCGGGGAUCCGGAGAGUUCUAUGACGAGAACGAUUCCUACCAUUCUUGCCAUUCCUCCGUUAGUUACGGUAAAGACUCAGCAGGCUGGGACCCUGACGAGCCACAGGGCGUCUACAGUGACGACGGAGAAUACAACAAAGAUGGAGGUGAGGAAGGCGCUAUCUACGAUGAAGAUGUUGAAAUCUACGAACAUGAGGGAGAGGAGUAUCCUUAUGAAGAGGAAGAAGAGGGCAUUGUGUAUGAAGAGGACGAAGACCUCUACCCACUGGAUGGAACCCUCAGUGAAGACCAUGAGCCACCCUACACCCCUACCCCAACCAACACGGCUCCAGCGUUGGCCCCUGAAGCCCCCACCAGCCGUCCACCACUGGAGAAACAGGCUUCCAUGCACCAGCAGCAGCCACCCCAAUCCCAACCACCAUUCCAGACUAUGGAGCAUAAAAAAGAACCUCCAGCCCAACAGCAGCCACAAGAUGUCUUCGCCAAGGUGCCCCGUACCUCAACCCCACCACGGGUCUCAGAGUUGGAAGCAGAGAAGGUCCCAACUCCUGCAGGCAAGCCGGUAAACCAUGCAGAAGAACCUAUUCCCAUCCCUGCAACGGAGGUCAAGCCUGAAGUUGAAGAGAAGAAAGAGGUUCCACCUGCAAGCGCACCCAAGCUGGAGCCACCAGUAGAUCCUGCAGUAAGGGCUAAAGGCAACUGGCUACGGCUCUAUAACAGAGUUCAGCUUCAGCUGCAGGAGGCUCGAGGCGAGACUCCGGGACUUGCGUCAUUAUUUUUGCAAGCCGGGCCUGGUGGUGCUCUCUACAGCAUAGACAGCAUGCCUGACCUACGCAAAAGAAAGGCCAUCCCUCUCGUACGAGAUCUGGCAAUGUCUCUUGUCCAAAACUCUCGAAAAGCAGGCAUCACUUCUGCUAUGGCCUCCAGCACCCUUAACAACGAAGAAUUGAAGAGUCACGUCUAUAAGAAGACCUUACAGGCUUUGAUAUACCCCAUCUCCUGUACCACCCCACAUAACUUUGAGGUGUGGACGGCCACCACACCCACCUACUGUUAUGAGUGUGAAGGGCUUCUGUGGGGCAUCGCUCGACAGGGCAUGCGCUGCACUGAGUGUGGUGUCAAAUGCCACGAAAAGUGUCAAGAUUUGCUCAAUGCCGACUGUCUACAGAGGGCAGCGGAGAAGAGCUCCAAACACGGAGCCGAGGAUCGCACGCAAAACAUCAUCAUGGUGUUGAAGGACCGCAUGAAGAUCAGAGAGCGAAACAAGCCUGAGAUCUUUGAGCUGAUUCAGGAAGUGUUCGCAGUUGUCAAGGCCACGCAUGUGGCCCACAUGAAGCAGGUCAAGCAAAGUGUUUUGGAUGGGACAUCUAAGUGGUCGGCAAAGAUUAGUAUUACAGUUUUAUGCGCUCAGGGCCUGCAGGCAAAAGACAAAACUGGCUCUAGCGACCCCUAUGUAACCGUGCAAGUGGGCAAGACCAAGAAACGAACCAAGACCAUCUACGGCAACCUCAAUCCUGUAUGGGACGAGAGCUUUAAUUUCGAGUGCCACAAUUCCUCCGAUCGGAUCAAGGUGCGCGUGUGGGACGAGGACGACGAUAUUAAGUCGAGAGUAAAGCAGAAGUUCAAACGAGAGUCGGAUGAUUUCCUGGGUCAGACCAUCAUUGAGGUGCGAACGCUGAGCGGUGAAAUGGACGUCUGGUACAAUCUAGACAAGCGAACAGACAAGUCGGCAGUGUCAGGAGCCAUUCGUAUGCACAUCAGCGUUGAGAUCAAAGGAGAAGAAACUGUUGCACCGUACCAUGUCCAGUACACUUGCUUACAUGAGAACCUUUUCCACUAUUUAACCGACAUCCUAAACACCGGGGUGGUAAAAAUACCAGACGCCAAAGGCGAUGACGCAUGGAAGGUUUAUUUUGAAGAGACGCCCCAGGAGAUCGUGGACGAGUUUGCGAUGCGUUACGGAGUGGAAUCCAUUUAUCAAGCCAUGACACACUUUGCAUGCUUGUCGUCAAAGUACAUGUGUCCUGGAGUUCCCGCUGUCAUGAGCACGCUACUGGCCAACAUCAACGCCUACUACGCGCACACGACCCAGGCCACCAACAAUGUGUCUGCCUCCGACCGCUUUGCUGCCUCCAACUUUGGGAAAGAGCGAUUUGUCAAGCUUCUUGAUCAACUCCACAACUCACUAAGGAUUGACCUCUCCAUGUACAGGAACAAUUUCCCAGCCAGCAGCCCUGAAAGGUUACAGGACCUCAAGUCCACCGUGGAUCUCCUCACCAGUAUCACGUUCUUCAGAAUGAAGGUCCAAGAGCUUCAGAGUCCUCCUCGUGCCAGCCAGGUAGUAAAGGAUUGUGUAAAAGCCUGCCUCAACUCCACCUAUGAGUACAUUUUCAACAACUGCCAUGAGCUGUAUAGUCGAGAGUACCAAACCGACCCGAACAAAAAAGGAGAGGUUCCUCCGGAAGAACAAGGUCCGAGCAUCAAGAAUCUCGACUUUUGGUCCAAACUAAUCACCCUCAUCGUAUCAAUCAUCGAAGAGGACAAAAACUCAUACACCCCUUGCCUUAACCAGUUUCCCCAGGAGCUCAAUGUUGGAAAGAUAAGUGCAGAAGUUAUGUGGAACCUGUUUGCCCAAGAUAUGAAGUAUGCUAUGGAGGAGCACGAAAAGAAUCGCCUGUGCAAGAGUGCCGAUUACAUGAACCUGCACUUCAAAGUCAAAUGGCUCUACAACGAAUACUGCAAAGAUCUGCCUUUUUUUAAGAGCCGAGUGCCUGAAUAUCCCACGUGGUUUGAACCGUUCGUCAUCCAGUGGCUGGACGAGAACGAAGAGGUUUCUCGAGACUUCUUGCAUGGUGCUCUGGAGCGAGACAAAAAAGAUGGGUAUCAGCAAACUUCAGAGCAUGCGCUCUUCUCAUGUUCGGUGGUGGAUGUCUUCUCGCAGCUUAACCAGAGCUUUGAGAUUAUUAAGAAGCUGGAGUGUCCUGACCCACAGAUCGUCGGACACUACAUGAAAAGAUUUGCCAAGACCAUCAGCAACGUUCUGCUCUCUUAUGCUGACAUUAUCUCCAGGGAUUUCCCCAACCAUUGCACCAAGGAGAAAGUGAAUGCAAAGGAUGGUGCUGUAAAGCCAUGCAUCCUCAUCAACAAUAUCCAACAACUCAGGGUACAGCUUGAGAAGAUGUUUGAGGCAAUGGGAGGUAAAGAUCUUAAUGUUGAAGCUAGUGACAUCUUAAAAGAGCUGCAGGUGAAGCUCAACAAUGUCCUGGAUGAUCUUGCAAGGAUCUUUGCAACCAGUUUCCAGCCAAAUAUCGAAGAAAACGUAAAGCAGAUGGGUGACAUACUUAGUCAGGUGAAGGGGACAGGAAACGUGCCGGCGAGCGCUUGCAGCAGCGUUGCACAGGAUGCCGACAAUGUCCUGCAGCCCAUCAUGGACUUCCUUGACAGCAACCUCACGCUGUUUGCUAAGAUUUGUGAGAAGACUGUUUUGAAGCGAGUGCUGAAGGAGCUUUGGAAGCUGGUCAUGAACACAAUGGAGAAGACUAUCGUAUUGCCACCACUGACCGACCAAACGGGCACUCAGCUCAUAUUUAAUGCUGCUAAAGAGCUCGGUCAGCUCUCCAAGCUUAAGGAGCACAUGGUUCGAGAGGAGGCCAAGGCACUGUCUCCUAAACAGUGUGCUGUGAUUGAAUUAGCACUGGAUACUAUAAAGCAAUAUUUCCAUGCUGGAGGUGUGGGACUGAAGAAGACGUUCCUGGAGAAGAGUCCAGACUUGCAGUCACUGCACUACGCUCUGUCCCUAUACACUCAGGCCACUGACAAACUCAUCAAGACCUUCGUUCAAUCCCAAAAUGCACAGGUUCAUGGAGGGAAGGGGGUAAGGUUCACCCAUAGUGAGGACGUGUACCCAGAAAAGGGCACUGGUGUUGAUGAUGCUGUUGGAGAGGUGUCCAUCCAUGUGGAGAUCUUUACUCAUCCCAACACUGGAGAGCACAAAGUCACAGUUAAAGUGGUUGCUGCGAAUGACUUGAGGUGGCAGACCUCCGGCAUUUUCCGUCCCUUUGUGGAAGUCUACAUUAUCGGCCCUCAUCUCAGCGAUAAGAAAAGAAAGUAUGCCACCAAGUCCAAGAACAACAGUUGGGCUCCCAAAUACAAUGAGACCUUUACAUUUACGUUGAGUAACGAGGUGGGUGCCGAAUGCUACGAGCUUCAGGUGUGCGUGAAAGAUUACUGCUUCGCGCGCGAAGACCGCACCGUCGGCAUGGCGGUGCUGCAGCUGAAAGACGUAGCGCCGCGGGGUAGCGUGGCGUGCUGGCUACCUCUAGGUAAACGUAUACACAUGGACGAAACCGGCCUGACCGUACUGCGGAUCCUCUCUCAGCGCAACAACGACGACGUGGCUAAAGAAUUCGUCAAGCUCAAAUCCGACCAGCGCUCUGCCGAAGAAGGGCGUAGCUAGAGCUAGAGAAUUUACGGUAUUUUGAUGUUCGGCAAAACCACUGCCCCCUAUUGUUCAGAUGUUGCACUAGCGCAUGGAAAAUACACGAUAGUGGAACGUCACUUAAUAACUAUUAAAACCAACCAUUUACAUAAUAAAGCAGUUAUAUAU